AAUAAUGCAUUUAAGAAUUCGUUAUGUUAAUACAGGUACAGUGAAAGAGUCUGGUGAGAAACAUAAGGGAUCUCUUGAAAUUCCUAACCUGUCAGAAGAAAAUGAGGUAGAUGAUACAGAGAUAAACAUUAGCAAAAAGAAAGGGGAAGGCGAUGUUUUGAAGGACCUUAUGAGAACUGAAGGAACCACAAAAGUCAGAGAGGCCCUGCGAGAGUACCUGAAAGCACUUAAAACAGAGUUUACCUUGGGAAUGAUUCUGCCAACAAAAGCUGCUCUUGGUCAGGAGCUGGCUGCUGAGCGAACAGUAAGUGGGAACACCGUGCAAGAUUCUGUUUCACCAGAGUCUUUGGAUAUAGUUGGUGUAAAAAUUCCAACAGUGAAGAUACUUAUGAGAGAAAUAUUCAACUCUCCAGCAGCCGAACUUUACAGCAUCUUCACAACUAAGGAAUUGGUACAGAAGUUUUCUAAAUGUCCUGCUGUGAUUGAAGCUGAGAAAGGAGGCAAACUUCAGAUGUUUGAUGGUUGCGUCAGCGGUGAAUAUGCAGAAUUGGUCCCAGGCCAGAGGAUUGUCCUGAAGUGGAGGUGUGGAAACUGGCCUGAUGAACAUUAUGCAACGGUUGCCUUGAAUUUCAAGGGUAUGGCUGCUCAAACGGAACUGCAGUUAGAGUGCAAAGGAGUUCCUGCCUCUAAUGAAGAUAGUACAAGACAAUGUUGGAAGAAGCAGUAUUUUGAAGAAAUACGUAUUUUACUGCAGCAAUCCAAAGACAAUAUGGAAUGACAACAGCACUGUAGUUUUGUUAGGGCAUUACUUUUUAUACUUGGUUAACAUGUUUUUUUAAAAAAAGUAAUUUAUUUGUGGGAAGAAUAAAGACCCACUUCUAUGAUACUGUA